GUGAGCGGCCUUUCAAGAUGUCAGCCUCUAUAGUUCACCGGCGUGGAGUAAAGUUUUGCAGAUAUCUAUCUCACAGAAGCAUCCACACAACACCGGUCAAGAGUAAAGCUGUCAUUCUUGGAGUGUACAAAGAAAAAGAUGCAGAUCCAGAAUUUACAAUUGCUUCUACAGUCUUCAAUGAAAAAUUUGGUGGAGAGCUUGAGGCUAAACUUAAAAUUGCACCAAACAGUUUCAAAGCUGGAGGUUGCAGAGUCCUGAUGGGUCUAGAUAAAGAAUAUGACGCUGUGGCUCUGGUCUGUCUAGGGAAAAAAGAUACUUCAUAUGAUAGUCUGGAAGUAUUGGACUCUAGAAAAGAGAAUGUAAGGAAAGCUGUUGCAGCUGGAAUAUCAAAACUGCAAUCUUUGGAUGUCAAGGAAGUUGAAGUUGACCCCUGUGGAGAUCCUGAAGCUGCAGCUGAAGGGAGCUACUUAAAAAUGUAUUCGUAUGAUGAACUCAAGGCCAAGGACAAAAGAAAAUUGCCUAUGGAAUUAACAUGUUACUUGACAGAUAAAAGCAAUGCAAGUGCAAAAUCUUCCUGGAAACAAGGGCAAGUGCAGGCAGAGGGACAAAAUUUAGCCAGAAAACUCAUGGAAAUGCCAUCGAACAAGUUGACUCCAAGAAUUUUUGCCAGUAUUGCACAAGAAAAAUUGCAAAACCUAGGGAAUACAGAGAUCAUCGUGAGGGACCAAAAGUGGGCUGAGGACCAGAACAUGGGUGCAUUCCUUUGUGUAUCAAAAGGCUCACAAGAACCAUUAGUGUUCCUGGAAGUUAGUUACCAAGGAGCAGGGAAGGAAGAUCUACCAGUUGCAAUAGUUGGGAAAGGCGUCACAUUUGAUAGUGGGGGAAUCUCCAUUAAGCCAUCGGCAAGCAUGGAUGAAAUGAGGGCUGAUAUGGGGGGUGCUGCUUGUACACUAGGGGCCAUCUACGCUGCUGCCAAAUUGAGAUUACCUAUAAAUAUUAAAGGGUUUAUGCCACUGUGUGAAAACAUGCCCUCUGGAACUGCUGUUAAACCAGGUGAUGUGGUCACAGCAAUGAAUGGAAAAACAAUACAGGUUGACAAUACAGAUGCUGAAGGCAGACUUAUUUUGGCAGAUGCCUUGUGUUAUGCUGAGACUUUUCAGCCAAAGGCAAUUCUUGACAUGGCAACACUAACAGGAGCAAUAGAUGUUGCGUUAGGUGCUGGAGCUGCUGCCGUCUUUACAAACUCCUCAGUUCUGUGGUCUAGCUUAGAAAAGGCUGGUAGUAGGACUGGUGAUCGUGUAUGGAGGAUGCCACUAUGGGAUUGCUAUACUAAACAGAUCACAGAAUCACAGCUUGCCGAUCUGAAUAAUAUAUCUGGUGGUAGAUCUGCUGGGGCUUGUACAGCAGCAGCAUUUUUGAAGGAGUUUGUUAAAAAUGAACACUGGGCCCACCUAGAUAUAGCUGGAGUCAUGAAAAACAAAUCAGAGAUAUCAUAUUUGAAUAAAGGGAUGGCAGGCCGUCCGACCAGAACCAUAAUUGAGUUUUUGAGGAACCUUAAAAUAUGAACACUAACCCGAAAGAGAGGCAGUGUCUAGUGAAAUGGAGGUGGAAAAUUAUCAAUGCGCACAAUAUGCACGUGAC